AUGAACCUGUAUAACACUGGACCGGCCUGUACUCUCCACUGCGACUUUAGAGACCGGAAACUAUUGAAAAAGACCAUUGCCCGACUUGGUGCAAAAGAUCAGAUUAUGGCAAUUACGGAUUGUGGUGUGGAGGUAACCAUUCCAGGCCUUUGCUUUGUGAAAUCCGGUCCAUGCGGCUGGGGCAAACACGGAUGUGUAGAUGACGAGAGAGGAAAGUGGUCUGAUUUGCCUCCAGGAGAUCACGAAGGACAUUGUCCACCUCCAGAUGAAGCUUGUGGCGUUUGCCAGGACAAGAAUAAACAGUGCCACGAGGGCGGAUACGAAGCGCGCCGCGUUUGUGACUUGGCAUUCUGCCGUGACUGUCGCAAUGACGAGUUUGCACAGGAAUGCGGCGAGUGUGUCGACAAAAGGUGCACCAAGGACAAGUUCGAUUGGGAUGGCUGCAGAGGGUCUUGCGGAUUACCAUGCUUUGACCCUGCCAAAGACUGCGAACUGUGUUUGCGAACAAACACAGAUCCUGCUACUUCAGAAUGCGACGGGGUAUGCAAGGACACAAAAUCCAUUUGCAGCCGCUGUAUGAACUUGACGCGCAAGAACUGUUCCGAAAAGUAUUCCAAGGACGAGGACAAACUUCUCUGUGCAAAGGCCGGGUACUGCGCACCGUACUGCAGUACUCCUCAGGACAUGGGAUCUGCUAGCGAGAUCCACUCUUGCAAGUUGGAGAACGAAAAGGGAGGUUGCUCGGAAAUUUUCGUGAUGCGCUAUAGGGUAUUAUAUAUCAGGUGUUGCGAAAUUACUUAUUUUGGCUUGGAAUUAAACAAAGCUAGUUGUCUAUCACCAUCACUGGCUGGCCCCAUGACGUCGCGCAUCACAUGA